GCAUUUUACAAACAUGUUACCAUUACGACGCUUACUUUGCGUGUUCAACUUAUGUUUUUGUUUUAAUGUAUUUUAGAGCAGGUGCAGCAUGCUCAAAUUUGGACACUAAGGUAUAUCAAAAAUUUACUCACAAACUGAUACCACAGUGACCUUGCGUGAUUGUACCAUUCGGUCUUAGGCGCUAUGAAACGUUCCGGUGGGUCGUUAUGGAAUUUUUCAUAAUUCAACGCACCCAAAACCUUCCCUUCUUUACCCAGUGGAAUAGGCUUGCGGUCAAAUCCAUCUCAUUGGUGGCUUGCAGCACCCUAACUGAUCAGUCAAAGCAUGAACCGAGUUUCGUGAGCCCCUGCCAAACCCCAUUCCCAACGGGAAAAACCUUGUCGGGGCCUUUGAAACCUUUGAAACUGCCGAAAAAAGCCAUACCAAGGACGAGCUUAACGUUCGCCCUACCGUGCUUUCAAAAGGGCAUCGGUGAAAUGAGGUAUUGCAAAUAAAAUAUUUAGUUUUGCACGUAAUCCAUGUACCAUUCACGGAUCAGUUGAGUCACCGUGUGUCCGUUCUUAAAACCGUUAUAGGCACAAGUACAAUUGUAAUUAACUUUUGAUUUCAGCUAUCUUUAACUUAAGUGUAACAAAUACUCAGAUAGAGAUACCUGAAAAAACGAUCGUAGUGCAUUCCAAAAUACAUAUAGGUAACCGCUGCUCGAAUGAUAUUCAACCGUAGCAACUCGAUUUAAGAUGUGCUCGAAUGCUGGAAUCGUAAAUAUCUCUCAGUUUGACAGUCAGAUACCACCUGUCGCCGACUUAUGCUAACUUAUUUCAAGCAUUUUUGCUAUGUUUUCCUUCCUCGCGUGGAUAGACACACACAUUGAAGCUGUGGUAGUUCAUUCCACAUUUACUAAUGCAUGUCUCCUGCUGCUACUGUACAAUACAUGCGCAAGCAAUGCCACCAUAUAUAACUUUACUGAGAAUGUGUCCAUAUUGAACAGGCUCUCUUUCUUAGCUUCGUGAGAAAAAUCUGAUCAUGUGCGUUUACGCCGUUCAUUAUCAACAGAAUAGCAAAGCCGGUGAGGGAGAAUUGAGAUGAGUAUGAUAAACUUACAAUAUUUCAUUGAUAUCACGUCUUAAAAUAACGUAGCAAAGGACACGUUUGAAAUAAUCGAACUGAAUUUAAAGAGAUUGAACAUACAAACAACAUGCAAUACAAUUUUCAUUUACAAUGGAAACUCUCAAGACGUACAGCUUACGACAUUGUAUGAUAUUUUUAUUUGUUUCCAAAGUUAACGAACGGAGAACAUUGUUCCUGUAUUUACUUGCUCAUCCACAUUCUCGCAUCACAUCGUACUCUCAUCGCAUUUUCCUACUCUAAACUCCAUCUCUUUCCUAACGUGCUCUCACGCAUGUCUUAUCCUUGUCUAAUUAACACAGGAGCGGCAAUUCGCUCUCUCAGAGUGUCAGGAGCAUUUUCAAACACAGCCGUUGAACACAACUAUUGAAUUUUCCUCUCCACAAAAUGCACGACACAUCGUUUUCAUGCUCGAAUUACUUACCAGGAAAGAGAGCGAUGGUCCCAAGUCGUUUAGUGAGCGUGAACUUGCCGUCUGUUUUACUUACUACGCUCAUUCGUCGCUACGUUAGUCUGUAUUCAGCGUUCGGUGAGCUUCGGUGUCGGACCGUGCGUGCACGGCGUACUCUCGAGUGUCUAAUAAAAUAGAGCAGUUUGUAUUACAGCUGUAUCAGAAUUAGACAGUACGUGUUAGGGAGAAGACUGUGAAAAUAUAUCCUUCUGAUUCACAUUGAAUGAGACUUCUAUGCUUAGAUAGUUUAACAAAGAAGUUUCCUCAGAGCUGUUAAGUCUCAGCAACGAGGCUGCAACCGUGUGUCCUUUUACUUACUUCAUCCGUGUUGAAUCCGCUCUUAUCAGCUUCUCCUAUCACCACCGAUACACGGUCUGGUGCUCUGCGUUGUUUUUCCUUGUGUUGGUGCUUGCAUGUAGUGAGAGUAAGGAGAAAAUGCAGCAUCACACACAGAACCAUUAUCAUCAUCGUCUCCAACAGCAGCGGUCCAUCGUGUAAAAAUGGUGCUAAAUUAUCCAGCCAACGAUGUUUUUUCCGGCCAAUAAAUUUGUGCACAAGGCUAUGUAAAGAGGAAACAUUACCAAAUUGCUCUCAAGUGGAUGAGUGCGCGAGUGCUGUGUACCUAGUGUUGUAGUUCGUUCGUGUGAAAUGUGUUAAAUUGUUAAGGUUCGAUCGGCAUCCUAAACCGCAUAGAAGUGUAUUGGUGUUCGGCUACCACAAUAGCUACAAAAAGAAAACAUACAUUUUUUUAUCGCACCACCAUUAAAAGAUCUCGACCCGAAAAGCCCUCGCUCUAAUCGAAUCGGCUGUCAAUACUUGGUAGUGGGGGUUGAGAGCUUUCCGGUGCUUUUACUGAGGGUAAAUACCCAAACGACCACGACCCAAAGGUGCUAGUAGCUUUUACCCCCCCGAAAACAGCUCAAU